AUGGCUGCGGCCAGGGUCGCUGCCAUCCUUGGCCUUGCGGCGCUGCUGCCCACGGCCGCCUUCCCCUGCGGAGCCCCGCACCCGCAACACCCGGACAACGCCACUGCGUCGAAGCUGCUGGGGACGUGGCUGUACGUGGCCGGGGCCGCCCAGUUCCCCCGGCACCUCCUGGAGAUGCUGCUCAUCGACCACGGCUACCUCCACGUGGAGCCCCGCACCGGCGAGCAGGAGCUGCUCAUCACCCAGCACGUGGCCGUGAGGGACCAAUGUCUCACUAACAACUCCACCUACUUCGAAAUCGACGCCAGUAACACCACGCUGGUGAAGCACGCCAAGACCCAGCAAACCGUGGGGAUGCUGAUAAACCUCAGCUCUGAAGACGUUUUACUCAUCCAGUACCAACUGCAGAGGGAAAGGACGUAUUUGGGACUGUAUCUCUACGCCCGAAACCUGAGUGUGAGCACAGCCCACCGGGAAGAGUUCGAGCACCACGCCAAGUGCCUGGGGCUGAGCAAAGAGGAGAUGGUGUACGCGCCGUGGAGAACGGAGCUGUGUCAAGCGAAAGAAAUCGAAAAAGGGAACAACCCACGCACGGAGCCCGUGGCUGCAGUCACAGCAUCACCUCCUCCAGGUACCCACCAGCCUGGGAGCACAAGUAACUGA